GAUGAAGUUAGCUUGGUCCGUGAUGAGCUCGGCAUUGCUCAGACCAAGCUUUCCGAUGCCCUUCUUGCCCUGCAGCAAGAAUGGGACGAUCGGAAGAUCCUGGAGAGCCAAUUAGCGGAGAGGGAUGACGACAUUCGCCUCGUUCGCCUUGACCUCAGGGCUGAGAUUGUCCAGAUGAUUGCUGUGAAAGACGAGCUCGCAAAGGCCAAGAAAACCCUGAAACAAGAAUUGGAGGAUCGGAUGGGCCUGGAGAGCCGGUUGAAACAUGCCGAGCUUGCCGUGGAAGAAGAACUGGCACGUCGGAAGAGUCUGGAAAACCUGUUGAACGAGAGAAAGGAUGGGAUUGUCCCUUGUUUGUCUUCUCCCAGCUGUGGGUCAUCUACGUUGCAACGAGUCAGGGACAUCGAUGUCAUACCCAAGCCGGCAAAGCGCCGGAGGUCUCGGGUCGUGUCUUCAAGUUCUGAGUCUUCCGGAAGGCGGAGGGCUGGCAAGGAAGUCAAGCAUCAACUUGAGCAAAAGGCACUGUCUCUGGAGCUCGCCACAACAAGAGCGAAGCUUGCAGACACCGAGCUUGCCCUGAAAGAAGAGCUGCAGCAUGGGAGGAGCCUGGUCAUGGAAUGUACCAAGCUUGAAGAGAAGUUGAGUAUGGAAGAAGCAAGGCGGACAAGUAUCGAAGCAGACAGUGAAGAAACCAGGAAGCGAGCGGACGAUUUGGCAACCAGGCUGCAAGCCACAGUCUCUUACCUUGCGAAAGAACGAGAGCAAAAACAACUUGCCGAGAAGAAGCUUAUUGAUAUUCAGCUGCAAAAACGUUCUGCGAGUCAUGGGGCCUGUUGGCAGUACGAGAUGGACGGCUAUUGGCACCCUUUUUCGCCAGAGGGAAACGAACAGAUGCAGCAAGCCUACUUGGCGUAUUGUGAAGAUCCGCAGAACAGCCGUUGUGCAAGCAUUGUUGCCGGUGGUGUUGAACGCAUCGUCGAUUUUCUCGAGAUGAAGCAGACAAACGCCGGCACGAGGAAAACACGACCGAUCCAUAUCAAUACCGGGGCGCCUAUGCAGUGGGAGAGUGCCCCGGCGGCUUUGCUGAGGCAGCGGGAUGACCUUAGGUCCUUCUAUGUAGAGGUCAAAGAUGCAUCUCUGCUUGAAGUUUUCAACCGCCUUCUUUGGUCGACCGGCCAUGCUUGGGACGUGUCCACAGGGUGCUCACACAUGAAGACAGCCACUGUGAAAUCUGUCCAUCGGAUUGAGAACUAUCAACUUUGGCAACGAUACCAAGCGAGGCUGCAUACCAUGAGGGAAGACCAGGCAAAGUACAAUCUGCACAUUACUCCUGCAGCGCUAGAUCUUGAUGGGCGCGAGGCGGUCAUGGCCGACAGCCAGCACCGCUUGGACUGUGGAGCGCCCUUGGCCUGUGAGGUGGAUGAGAAGAUACUGCUGCAUGGCACAUCAUGGAGCAAUGCUGAUUCCAUUGUUAUGCACGGCUUUGAUCACAGGACUUGUCGACGUGGGAUGUAUGGCGAUGGCGUCUACUUUGCAGGUGCUGCAUGCAAAAGCCAUCAAUAUUCAUGUGGGGUUCACUCCGGCAAGGCGUCUUUGUGCAAGUGUGAAAGGACGUUGAUUAUCGCACGAGUGGCGCUUGGUGAUGCAUACUAUGCAUCUGGAACUCGAUACGGAGAGAGGAGGCCUCCCAACAGGACUGGUGCAGCAGGCACACACGGUUCUGUUGUUGUCAAUCCUGGAGCGGUCGUGGGGCAUCACAUGCCCGCCCAGGUUCAUCAAGAGUUUGUUAUCUUCGACCGUGAGCAGGCCUAUCCUGCCUUCGUCGUGCAGUACUUGCCUUGA